AUGGCUCCUUUCCACCGCAUCACCAAGCACUUCAAUGCCGUCCUCCUGCGGUCUGUUUUGCUCAUCUUCCUUUCGACUAUGAACUACGGUUUUGAUAAUCAAGGGUUCAACACUACUCAAGCUAUGAUUCCUUUCAAACGUGAAUUCGGAGUCCUGAAUCCCAAGACCCAUAAGUACAUACUGGAACCGUACUGGCUCUCGUUGUUCAACAGCUUGAACUAUAUCGGAUUUGCCGCGGGUAUCCUGAUUGGAAGUUAUGUGAGUUCUCGAUGGGGACGGAGGAUGUGUAUGUUUGCAAUGAGCUGUUGGGCGUUGUGUGGAGCUGCAAUCACCAUUACAGCCAAUAAUCGCGAUCAUAUAUUGGCGGGUAGAGUUUUGUCGUACAUAUAUAUUGGGAUGGAAUUGUCCGUGAUGCCAGUCUUCAUGUCUGAGAUCGUGCCAGCCCCAAUUCGAGGCUUUUGUGUGGGAUCCUAUCAGUUUAGCUUGGUGACUGGUGGCUUCAUUGUCAAUAUCAUUUGCAGAGGCACGAGCACUCUUCCCACCAAUGCCGCAUGGAGAAUCCCCAUCGGCCUGUUUUUUGUCAUCCCGACGAUAGUCCUCAGCUUAGUCUGGUUCAUCCCUGAGUCACCCCGCUGGCUCCUGACCAAAGGUCGCGACCAUGAGGCCUUGGUCGCGUUCACCAAGUUCCGCAAGGGGUGUAUUACCGACGACGAGAUAACCAUCGAGUUCGAAUCUCUCCAGCGCGGCCUUCUCACUAUACCUGAGCAGGGGAAGUUCAAAGAACUUUUCCAAGGGGUGAACCGCAAGCGCACAGCGAUCGUCGUUGGAAUGAACUUCUUCCAGCAGGUGACGGGACAAGCUUUCGUGUCAACGUACAGUGCCGUAUUUGUUUCUGGCUUGGAUACUAUCAACCCUUUCGACUUCACGGUUAUCAAUCUUUCUUGCAACCUGGUGGUCAUGUCGAUCGGGUUGUAUUUUAAUGAUGUUGUUGGUCGCCGACCUCUCCUCCUCAUCGGCGGCAGCAUCCAAAUGGUAGCUAUCCUCAUCGUCGGCUGCCUCGGUACCGUACCCAAUCCAAGCUACGCCGUUCGCAACACUAUCGUGGCGUUCGUCGUCCUCUUUGGCCUCGGCUUCAUAUUCGCCUGGGCACCAUUAACAUACGUCGUAACCACCGAGGUACCCGCCUUGAGACUUCGCGAUCGCUCUCAGCGACUAGCAGCCGUCGUCAACGUGGUCUUCCAAUUCCUGGUGAACUUCUCCAUCCCGUACCUGCUGUAUGCUCCGUAUGCGGAUCUGGGGAGCAGGGUGGGGUUUAUUUUUGGGAGUUUGUCGUUUUGCGCUGUUGUGUUUACGUGGUUCUGUGUCCCUGAGUGUAAGGGGAAAACAUUGGAGCAGGUGGAUUAUAUGUUCCAGACUGGGGUGCCGUUGAGGAAGUUUGGGUCGUAUCGGUUUGCGGCGACGGAGGGUGAUGCGAGUUCGAGUAAGGGUGUUCUUUGGGAUGUCUGUGAGGUGCGUCAUGAAGAAAAGAUGAAGGUAUAG